AUGAAUUCCUGGACACAGCCGCCAGCCUAUACCCAACAGCCACAUCAUAAUCCCGAACCCAGCUAUCCCCCAUAUGGAGGCCUGCAGUCUGCUGGGCCGCUGCCACAGGCGACGGCAACCCAUGCGCCUGGGAGUGAUUUAUACACCCCGCAAGCUAUCGAGAAACGCGAGAUGCUCGAGCCCAUGAUCUGCCAGAGCUGCGAUGCCGGUUUAGUCCCCGGGGACAUUGCGUACUGCUGUGACGCCUGCGAGGCUGGAGUGAGCACCUUUUGCGAGUCGUGCCACCGCGUGGGCGGGAAAUGCUACCAUGAGGUUGCACCCGCAAAGUUGGAAGCUGGCGAGAAGCUCAAGAAUGAGGACAAGGACGGCGACUUUGGCUUCGGCCUCAAGUGCGACGGAUGCAGAGCCAAGCUCAAGGACGGCGCGAUCUGCUGGCACUGCAAGCGCUGCUUCGACCCCAACUUCUGCGCAGACUGCUGGAGGCGGCGCGACAAGCGCUGCAAGCACGCAGGCCAAGGCAAAGUCCAGCUGCGCCGGGUCGGCAAGCCUUCGGUGUCGACGGAUGAUAUACUGGACGGUCUCAACGUAGUCGGCAGUAUUCUUGGGGGAUAA